GCUAUUUUAUUCCUGCUGUGAACAUGGCCGUGCAUGCUCAGACCCUCGUCUCUACUUCAUGGCUUGCAAACAUGGUGAACAGAAAUCUUGUCGGUCCAGGUCUUCGGAUCCUGGACACGUCCUGGUACCUACCCAUGAUGAACCGAGACGGAAAGAAAGAAUUCGCACAAACUCACAUCCUAGGAGCGUCCCACUUCGACAUCGACGAUUGCUCGGACAGGACCUCCAGGUUCGACCACACGCUGCCUUCAGAGCAACACUUUGCGGACUAUGUUGGGAACUUGGGCAUCGGGAAUGACAGCCAUGUGGUUGUGUACGACGCCAGCGACUACGGGGCAUUUUCCUGCACCAGAGUUUGGUGGAUGUUCAGGUUGUUUGGGCACCCUAAGGUGUCGGUGCUGAACGGGGGGUUUAGGAACUGGGUCAAAGAGGGUCAUCCGGUGUCAGGGACCUACACCAAGCCUGAGGCAGUCCGCUUCAAUGCCACCAUGAACCGCUCCUGGGUCAAGUCUUUUGAGGACGUUACGGAGAAUAUUGCGUCCAAAAAGUUUCAGGUAGUGGAUGUGAGGCCUCACGGGAGAUUCCAAGGGAUCGAACCGGAACCAAGAGACGGUGUGGAUCCAGGUCAUAUCCCUGGCUCUAAAUGCAUGCCCUUCUUUAAGUUCCUGGAUGAUGACGGCAUGAUGCUUUCCGCAGACGAGCUCAAAAAGUUCUUUGAGGAGUCACAAGUGGACCUUAAUAAGCACAUAUGUGGAACAUGUGGCUCCGGCGUGACGGCCUGUCACAUGGUGCUGGCGGCUCAUCUGUGUGGCACUCCUGGGGUGAGCGUGUACGGCGGAUCAUGGUAUGAGUGGUUCACCAGAGCCCCUGCAGAGCAUGUCAUUUCUGAGGCUAAAAACAAGCCUAGAGGAGGAUAAAGAAGCAUUAAAAACUUCAGUUUAUUCACUUUGCUAAAAGCAUAUUAUGAAACAUGAACCGAUAAAGUAAAUCAGUCUUAAAUCAUCACAGUAGGAAUAGAUGUUUAUUGGUGAUUGUUAGAUGAUUUGCAGUUGAAUUCAUCACAUAUUAGAAACACAGUCUUAGGUAAUUGGCAGGAUAUAAGUAACCAUAAGAUAUGUUUGCAUUGGUUCGGAAUCACAACAGUUCUUGCAAAACUGUAAGAAUUAAAUCUCAGCCACAAGACCUUAAGACAGACACAUCUGAUAAGCUGUAUUUGAGCCAAAGUGGGCCCUUUUAUGGCCUAAAUCUCCCUCCUUAUUUACCCCACUUAUUAGUAUGUUGUUGCACAAAGAAAUGAACAACGACUGAGAUUUAGGAGGGUCAAACUAAUCUGCUUAUCUUACAAUAUAACAGGGUCCACAUUUAGACAUUCUUCUAGGUUUGACCCAGAAAACGUCCAUGCCAGACAGACAUUUGGCAUUCUGUUUUUAUACUAACCCAUCUUAACAAAAAUGCAGUAAGACUGCCUUAAGACGAUGGCCCUCACAUCUGUUGUCCUGUUCUUUUUAUAGAGAUACAGAUACAGAUAAGAUUAUUGAAACCUUAAUGUUUUUGUUAAUUUCUCAGCUUCAUUCUCAGGUAAGAAACUUGGCCCUAAAAUUCUUUUUUUUUGUAUACUUGUAUUUUUUAAAGUACAUUUUGAACACAGUACUUUUACCUCAACUUAGUAAAUUUCAGGGGAGGUAUUGCACUUCAUUAAAGAUUGAAAAGCAUCGAUUGCUUUUAACCCAAGUUACUGUACCUUCUUUGAGUACAACUCACAUGUACUUUUUCACUUCUGUUGACUAAACAGUAUCACAUAGAUAGAAAAUGAUUCCACAUAACAUCCCAAAACAGCUGAUGUACACAGCUGGAGUGUUAAUAUCUCAGUGAUUUCAAUUCUGGGUGGAUGAGUGGGCGUAGUUCCCCAUCGUGCCCUUGAGCAGGGUGUUGAGAUGUGUUUUACAUGUGUUUGGGAGUUUCCUUUUUGUACAGUGAUCACUGCUGGGGUCCUUUUACUCAUGUUUCUCAUUAAUUGUUGUUGUUGUUAUUGAUGUGAGACACAUAUGCACCAUGAGUGACAUUAUCCGCUGAGUUAGUGUUCUUGCCUGGGAUUUAAGGUGGUCCUUAAAGAUACAUAGUGCAUUUUCUUCAUCAACAUCCAUUGCCUUUUUUUCAUCUGAUUUUUUUGCACAUUAAAAAAGAAAAUUGAUCUCAUGUUAUUCUAUUCAUGUUGGCACACUGACGCCGACAUUUUCGCCCAUCAUAAUUUUUUUCGGAACAGGUUUGAUUUUAAGCAAAUUUUCACAUCAGUCCAAGCCAUUUAAAUGGGUGAUUGGUGAUUCAGAUCAGCGCCUAUUGCUUCCUUUUCGCUUGCUCGCUCAUCUCCACCUGACCCCUCCAUUCUCUCUCCCCCUACCUUGCACCAGAACCUUAGGGUUUGAACACCACAGUUUGCCAGUGUUUUAAGGUAUUAGAAAGAACAUUAAUAAAGUAUCCUUGUCCCUCAUGGUGCUUUUUACUUUUAUGAGUAGGUCAGUUACAGAACCAGCUUGAAAAGCCUCACAGAAUAAAUUCCAGGGAGAAAUUUGUAUCAGAGAAUCUGUAAACUACUCUAGUUCUUACCUUGUAUGAGUCUUUGAGCAGUAUUGUCAAAUAGAACAACCUGCUGGUACUUGUAUGUGCACUUAAGAAAUAGGUGCCUUAGACUUUAAAAAAUGUUUUUUUAAAUCACAAUUUAUCUGUAGACAUGCCUUUAGGUAAUGUACCUUAACAAUUCUUUGUAAUCACUCUUUCCAAUGAAAUACUGUGUAUUUUUGUAAUGUUCACUUCACUUAUGUCUGAAUAAAAGUCACUGAGUCAA